AUGGGAGAUGUCCACAAUAGAAGCAACAGCAACAAUGAGAAGCCAGAGUGGCUGCAACAGUACAAUCUUAUUGGCAAGAUUGGUGAAGGCACUUAUGGUCUUGUAUUCCUAGCAAAAACAAAGUCUCCUGCAAACCGUGGAAAGUCUAUUGCCAUCAAGAAAUUCAAGCAGUCCAAGGAUGGUGAUGGGGUCUCUCCCACUGCUAUCCGUGAAAUCAUGUUACUUAGGGAAAUUACCCAUGAGAACGUCGUGAAGCUUGUGAAUGUGCACAUCAAUCAUGCUGACAUGUCACUGUAUCUGGCUUUUGAUUAUGCCGAGCAUGAUCUUUAUGAAAUAAUCAGGCAUCAUAGAGACAAGGGUAACAAUAUGAUCAAUCAGUACACUGUUAAAUCAUUGCUCUGGCAGCUACUCAAUGGACUGAACUAUCUGCACAGUAACUGGAUCAUACAUCGAGAUCUGAAGCCGUCAAAUAUCUUAGUUAUGGGUGAUGGAGAGGAACACGGUGUUGUCAAAAUUGCUGAUUUUGGACUUGCAAGAAUAUAUCAAGCUCCAUUGAAGGCAUUGUCUGAUAAUGGUGUUGUGGUAACCAUUUGGUAUCGUGCACCUGAGUUGCUUCUUGGGGCUAAGCACUACACAAGUGCUGUUGACAUGUGGGCUGUUGGAUGCAUUUUUGCAGAACUUUUGACUUUGAAGCCACUUUUUCAAGGGGCAGAAGCCAAAUCGAUACCAAAUCCUUUCCAGCUCGAUCAACUUGACAAGAUAUUUAAGGUUUUAGGCCAUCCUACACUAGAAAAAUGGCCAACGCUUGCAAGUCUUCCACACUGGCAUAAUGACAUGCAGCAUAUCCAAGGGCACAAGUAUGAAAACACUGGAUUACAUAGUGUUGUGCCUCUCUCUCCAAAAAGUGCUGCAUUUGACCUUCUAUCUAAGAUGCUCGAAUAUGAUCCUCGAAAGCGUAUAACAGCUGCACAAGCUCUUGAGCAUGAUUAUUUUCGAAGUGAACCUCUACCUGGACGGAAUGCCUUGGUUCCCUCUCAACCUGGAGAGAAAGUCAUCAAUUAUCCUAUUCGUCCAGUAGAUACAAAUACAGAUUUUGAAGGAACAACUAGCCUUCAACCUCCACAACCAGUAUCAUCUGGAAAUGCGGUUUCUGGAGGCAUGCCUGGUGCUCAUGGAGUUAACAACAGAUCUGCACCUCGACCAAUCCCUAUUGGCAUGCAGAGAAUGCAACAUCAGGGCAUGGCGGCAUAUAAUCUCGCAUCUCAGGCAGGGAUGGGUGGUGGAAUGAAUCCUGGUAACAUCCCUAUGCCACGUGGUGUUGCCCAGCCCCAUCAGCAGCAUCACCUGAGAAGGAAAGACCCACCAGGAAUGGGGACUGGAUACCCUCCCCAACAAAAAUCAAGACGCUAA